CUUGAGACCCCGCCCAGACCGGCUGCCCAGACCCGAGCGGCGGCGGCGACGCCGGGACGCCAUGGCGGCCGCCGAGCGCCGCGCCUUUGCGCACAAGAUCAACAGGACGGUAGCCGCCGAGGUGCGGAAGCAGGUGUCCCGGGAGCGCAGCGGCUCUCCCCACUCCAGCAGGCGCUCCAGCAGUUCCCUGGGGGUCCCUCUGACAGAGGUCAUUGAGCCCCUGGACUUCGAGGAUGUGCUCCUCAGCUGGCCUCCAGAUGCCGAGCCAGGGCCCCUCAGGGACCUGGUGGAAUUCCCAGCUGAUGACUUGGAGCUGCUGCUACAGCCCCGGGAGUCCAGGACCACGAAGCCUGGGGUCCCCGAGGAUGGGAUGGAUGCCCAGGCCAGAGCUGCAGUGGAGAUGUACACGGAGGACUGGGUCAUUGUCCACAGGAGGUACCAGCACCUGAGUCCCGCUUACAGCCCCACCACCGCCGACACCCAGCGAGAGCGGCAGAAGGGCCUGGCCCGACAAGUGUUCGAGCAGGACACCUCCGGGGACGAGAGGUCCAGCCCCGAGGACGCGGGGCAGGACGACUCCCGGCGUUGCUCGGGCUCCCCCGACGACACCCCACGGAGCAGCGGUGCCUCUGGCAUCUUUGACCUGAGGAACCUGGCGGCCGACUUGCUGCUGCCUUCGCUGCUGGAGCGGGCGGCGCCGGAGGAAGUAGAUCGGCGCAACGAGGCCCUGCGGCGGCAGAGUCGGGCCCGUGCACUGCUUACACUCUACCCUGCGCCCGACGAGGAGGAGGCUGUGGAACGCUGCAGCUGCCCAGAGCCGCCCCGGGAGCACUUUGGACAGAGGAUCCUGGUGAAGUGUCUGUCGCUCAAGUUUGAGAUAGAAAUCGAACCCAUCUUUGGGAUCCUGGCCCUGUAUGAUGUGCGGGAGAAAAAAAAGAUUUCAGAGAAUUUCUACUUUGACCUCAACUCGGACUCCAUGAAGGGGCUACUUCGGGCGUAUGGCACCCACCCUGCCAUCUCCACCCUGGCCCGCUCCGCCAUCUUCUCCGUGACCUACCCCUCACCUGACAUCUUCCUGGUCAUCAAGCUGGAGAAGGUGCUUCAGCAAGGGGACAUCAGCGAGUGCUGUGAGCCCUACAUGGUAAUGAAGGAGGUGGACACGGCCAAGAACAAAGAGAAGCUGGAGAAGCUGCGUCUGGCAGCCGAGCAGUUCUGCACCCGUCUGGGCCGCUACCGCAUGCCCUUCGCCUGGACAGCCGUGCACUUGGCCAACAUCGUGAGCAGCGCGGGACAGUCAGACCGAGACUCGGACUCUGAGGGUGAGCGCCGACCGGCCUGGAGUGAGCGUCGCCGUCGGGGGCCCCAGGACCGAUCCAGUGGUGGGGACGAUGCCUGCAGCUUCUCUGGCUUCCGCCCGGCCACACUGACUGUGACCAACUUCUUCAAGCAGGAGGCUGAACGACUCAGCGACGAGGACCUCUUCAAAUUCCUGGCGGACAUGCGGCGCCCAUCAUCCUUGCUGCGGCGCCUGCGACCUGUGACCGCUCAGCUCAAGAUCGACAUUUCCCCGGCCCCCGAGAACCCCCACUUCUGCCUGAGCCCUGAGCUGCUUCACGUCAAGCCCUACCCAGAUCCCAGGGCCCGGCCUACCAAGGAGAUCCUGGAGUUCCCCGCCCGCGAGGUCUACGCCCCGCACACCUGCUACAGGAAUCUGCUCUAUGUGUACCCGCACAGCCUCAACUUCAGCAGCCGCCAGGGCUCCGUGCGCAACCUCGCCGUGCGGGUCCAGUACAUGGCGGGCGAGGACCCCAGCCAGGCCCUGCCGGUGAUCUUUGGCAAGUCCAGCUGCAGCGAAUUCACCCGCGAGGCCUUCACACCAGUUGUCUACCAUAACAAGUCCCCCGAAUUCUACGAGGAGUUCAAGCUGCGGCUCCCGGCGUGUGUGACGGAGAACCAUCACCUGCUUUUCACCAUCUAUCAUGUCAGCUGCCAGCCCCGGCCCGGCACGGCUCUGGAGACGCCCGUGGGCUUCACCUGGAUCCCACUGCUGCAACACGGCCACCUGAGGACCGGGCCCUUCUGCCUCCCCGUCUCCGUGGACCCGCCCCCGCCCAGCUACUCCGUGCUCACGCCCGAUGUGGCGUUGCCGGGCAUGCGCUGGGUGGACGGCCACAAGGGCGUGUUCAGCGUGGAGCUCAUAGCCACAUCCUCUGUGCACCCCCAGGACCCCCACCUGGACAAGUUCUUCACUCUGGUGCAUGUCCUGGAGGAGGGAGCCUUCCCAUUCCGGCUCAAGGACACUGUGGUGAACGAGGGCACCGUGGAGCAGGAGCUCCGUGCCAGCCUUGCGGCCCUGCGCCUGGCCAGCCCUGAGCCCCUGGUGGCCUUUUCCCACCAUGUUCUGGACAAGCUCGUGCAUCUGGUUGUGCGGCCCCCAAUCAUCAGUGGCCAGAUGGUGAACUUAGGCCGUGGGGCCUUUGAGGCAAUGGCCCACGUAGUCAGCCUUGUCCACCGGAGCCUAGAGGUGGUCCAGGACACCCGUGGUCACUGCCCAGUGCUGGCUGCCUAUGUCCACUAUGCCUUUCGCCUCCCUGGGGCUGAGCCCAGCCUCGCAGGUGGGGCCCCUCCAGUGAUGGUGCAGGCUACCACACUGUCCCAUGGCUCUGGCCGCCCCAACAGCCUCUAUCUGACCCGUUCUAAGAGCAUCAGCAGCAGCAACCCCGACCUGGCAAUGGCCCCCGGCUCGGUGGAUGAUGAGGUUUCCCGCAUCCUAGCCAGCAAGGGCGUCGAUCGCUCACACUCCUGGGUGAACUCUGCUUAUGCUCCCGGAGGCACCAAGGCUGUGCUGCGGCGGGCGCCCCCUCAUUGCAGGGCCGACCCCAGACAGGCCUUGGACCGCAGCUCUAGCCGAGCCUCUUCCUACCUCGAGGGCUCCUCCUCCACCCCACCAGCCACCCAGCCGAGACCCACUGUGCAGAAGCUGCUGCACGAGGAGCUGGCACUGCAGUGGGUGGUCAGCGGCAGCACCGUGCGUGAGGCCGUCCUGCAGCACGCCUGGUUCUUCUUCCAGCUCAUGGUGAAGAGCAUGGCACUGCACCUGCUGCUGAGCCAGCGGCUGGAUACACCCCGAAAGCUACGCUUUCCUGGGCGCUUCCUGGAUGACAUCUUGGCCCUCGUGGGAUCUGUGGGCCUGGAGGUCAUGACCCGAGUCUACAAGGACCUGGAACUAGCUGAGCGCCUCAAUGCCAGCCUGGCCUUCUUUCUCAGCGACCUCUUGUCCUUAGUGGACCGUGGCUUUGUCUUCAGCCUGGUCCGAGCUCACUACAAACAGGUGGCCACGCGACUGCAGUCAGCUCCCAACCCCGCAGCACUGCUGACCCUACGCAUGGACUUCACCCGGAUCCUGUGCAGCCACGAGCACUAUGUGACCCUCAACCUCCCCUGCUGCCCCUUGUCACCCCCGGCCUCGCCCUCCCCCUCUGUAUCCUCCACCACCUCCCAGAGCUCUACCUUCUCCAGCCAGGCCCCAGAUCCCAAGGUGACCAGCAUGUUCGAGCUCAGUGGGCCGUUCCGGCAACAGCACUUUCUGGCUGGGCUCCUGCUAACGGAGCUGGCUCUGGCUCUCGAACCUGAGGCUGAGGGGGCAUCCCUCUUGCACAAGAAGGCCAUCAGCACCGUGCACAGCCUGCUUUGUAGCCACGACACUGACCCCCGCUACACUGAGGCCACUGUGAAGGCCCGAGUGGCCGAGCUGUACCUGCCACUGCUGUCACUUGCCCGGGACACCCUGCCACGGCUGCACGACUUUGCUGAGGGCCCAGGCCAGCGGUCAAGACUGGCCUCCAUGCUGGACUCAGACACAGACGGUGAAGGGGAUGGGGGGGGAACCAUCAACCCCUCUGUGGCCAUGGCCAUCGCAGGGGGGCCCCUGCCCACGGGUUCCAGGACCAGCAUCUCCCAUGCCCCACCCACUGCAUCUCGGCCAGGCUGUCCCCUCUCUGCAGAAUCAAGCCGGACCUUACUGGUGUGUGUGCUAUGGGUCCUAAAAAAUGCAGAGCCGGCCCUCCUGCAGCGCUGGGCUGCUGACCUGGCCCUGCCUCAGCUAGGACGUCUCUUGGACUUGCUGUACCUCUGCUUGGCUGGUUUCGAGUACAAGGGGAAAAAGGCCUUUGAGCGCAUCAACAGCCUCACAUUCAAGAAGUCUCUGGACAUGAAGGCCCGGCUAGAGGAGGCCAUUCUGGGCACCAUCGGGGCGAGGCAAGAGAUGGUGCGGCGGAGCCGUGAGAGGAGCCCGUUCGGGACCCAGGAUAACGUCCGCUGGCGCAAGAGCAUCACACACUGGAGACAAACUUCGGACCGUGUGGACAAGAGCAAGGAUGAAAUGGAGCAUGAGGCCUUGGUGGACGGGAACCUGGCCACAGAAGCCAGCCUGGUGGUUCUGGACACACUGGAAAUCAUUGUGCAGACAGUGCUGCUCUCGGAGGCGCGGGAGAGUGUGCUGGGUGCAGUGCUGAAGGUGGUGUUGUACAGUCUGGGGAGUGCUCAGAGUGCACUCUUCCUGCAGCAUGGCCUGGCCACCCAGCGGGCCCUGGUGUCCAAGUUUCCAGAGCUGCUAUUCGAAGAAGACACAGAGCUGUGUGCCGACCUCUGCCUGCGGCUCCUGCGACACUGCGGCAGCCGAAUCAGCACCAUCCGCACACAGGCCAGCGCCUCACUCUACCUCCUCAUGCGCCAGAACUUUGAGAUAGGCCAUAACUUUGCCCGUGUGAAGAUGCAGGUGACCAUGUCUCUGUCAUCCCUCGUGGGGACGACACAGAACUUUAGCGAAGAGCACCUGCGACGGUCCCUCAAGACCAUCCUCACCUACGCCGAGGAGGAUGUGGGGCUGCGGGACAGCACCUUUUCGGAGCAGGUCCAGGAUCUGAUGUUCAACCUGCAUAUGAUCCUGACCGAUACUGUGAAGAUGAAGGAGCACCAGGAGGACCCGGAAAUGCUCAUCGACCUCAUGUACAGGAUUGCCCGGGGCUACCAGGGCUCCCCCGAUCUUCGGCUGACCUGGCUGCAGAACAUGGCCGGGAAGCACGCCGAGCUGGGCAACCAUGCAGAGGCUGCACAGUGCAUGGUACACGCAGCCGCCCUGGUGGCUGAGUACCUGGCACUGCUCGAGGACAGCCGCCACCUGCCAGUGGGCUGUGUGUCCUUCCAGAACAUCUCUUCCAAUGUGCUGGAGGAGUCUGCCAUCUCCGACGACAUCCUAUCGCCGGAUGAGGAGGGCUUCUGCUCUGGGAAGCACUUCACGGAGCUAGGGCUUGUGGGCCUGCUCGAGCAAGCAGCCACCUACUUCACCAUGGGCGGGCUGUACGAGGCCGUGAACGAGGUCUGUAAGAACCUCAUCCCCAUCCUGGAAGCGCACCGGGACUACAAGAAGCUGGCGGCGGUGCACGGCAAGCUGCAGGAGGCCUUUACCAAGAUCCUGCACCAGAGCUCAGGCUGGGAGCCCCAGCGCGUGUUCGGGACCUAUUUCCGCGUGGGCUUCUACGGUGCACGCUUCGGGGACCUGGACGAGCAGGAGUUCGUGUACAAGGAGCCUUCGAUCACGAAGCUGGCUGAGAUCUCGCACCGGCUGGAGGAGUUCUACAUGGAGCGGUUCGGGGACGACAUAGUGGAGAUUAUCAAAGACUCUAACCCCGUGGACAAGUCCAAGCUUGACCCACAGAAGGCCUACAUCCAGAUCACCUACGUGGAGCCGCACUUCGAUACAUACGAGCUCAAGGACCGCGUGACCUACUUCGACCGCAACUACGGGCUGCGCACCUUCCUCUUCUGCACGCCCUUCACGCCCGACGGCCGUGCGCACGGCGAGCUGCACGAGCAGCACAAGCGCAAGACGCUGCUGAGCACGGAGCACGCCUUCCCCUACAUCAAGACGCGCAUCCGCGUGUGCCACCGCGAGGAGACGGUGCUGACCCCAGUGGAGGUGGCCAUCGAGGACAUGCAGAAGAAGACGCGGGAGCUGGCCUUUGCCACGGAGCAGGACCCGGCUGACUCCAAGAUGCUGCAGAUGGUGCUGCAGGGCUCCGUGGGGCCCACUGUGAACCAGGGGCCCUUGGAGGUGGCCCAGGUGUUCUUGGCAGAGAUCCCGGAGGAUCCCAAGCUCUUCCGGCAUCACAACAAGCUGCGGCUUUGUUUCAAGGACUUCUGCAAAAAGUGUGAGGACGCCCUGCGGAAGAACAAGGCGCUGAUCGGGCCGGACCAGAAGGAGUACCACCGCGAGCUGGAGCGCCACUACUGCCGCCUGCGAGAGGCCCUGCAGCCCCUGCUCACCCAGCGCCUGCCCCAGCUGCUGGCCCAAGUGCCAGCGGGCCUCAGGUGGCUGCCCCAGGCCCCCACCCUGGAGAGCACAAGGGGAGCCAGGCCAAGACUUCUUUUUUCUCUGGAGACAGGGUCUCAGUAUGUAGUUCAGGCUGGCUUUGAACUCACUGUGUAGCCCAGGCUGGCCUCAAACUCAUGGCAAUCCUCCUGCCUCAGCCUUCUGAGUGCUGGGAUGACAGGUGCCAUCCUACCCGGCAUUGCAGUGAAUUUUGAGAUAACCUGGGAAUCCCACAGCCAGAUAGGACGGAUCUGAGGGGGGCAAGAGAGAUCCUAGGACCCUUGGAGGAGGUGGGGGGGUGGG